AUGGGAGCGUUCUCAUCAAGUGACUUUGAAAUCAUCGUUAAAACUGGAGAUUGCAAAGGAGCCGGGACCAUCAUUGCUAUAGAAAUAUCGCGUGGCACCAAAGGAUUCAAAGACGACUGGUUUCUGGAGUAUAUCAUAGUAAAACAACACACCAAAGUUGGUUCCACAUUGAAGGAUAUGUUUUUGAAAGAUAGAGAAUUUGCAUUUCCAAUUCAUAGAUGGAUCAGCGGCAAGAAGAAAUAUGUAUUUUAUGUGUAUGAUUCUAUCCUGCCUCAGUUUGACAAGAGGGUGAAUCAACGUUCACAGGAGUUACAAGAGAAGCGGAAGUAUUACAGGUUUUGUGAGGAUUGUUUAGGGUUACCAAGACAGGUAAAUGAAGGUGUAACAUUGCAGUAUAGUAAUGAGAUUUGUUAUUAUCUAUUGUUAUUAUUAUUUAUAGAAGAACUUCCGCCAGAGGAACAGUUUUCUAAUGACUAUAUGAAAAGUAAAGUAAUACUGCUUCGAAAUUAA